GAAAUUACUAAAAUAAUUUCUAUUAUUUAAUUCACAGGUGUUGCCUCUUUUGCUCAAGAACGUAUCUUUCUCGAUGAACAAGUUCGUUUUUCGAGUGAUAUUGCUAUCUAUAAUGAACUGUAUACUUUACAAGUUGUUCAAGGAUCAAUAUCAUUAACUCGUUUAUUACAAGCACUUCGAUAUGUUUUGAAUAAACAUCAAAUAUUACGUACAUCUCUUAUUUUCAACAAUGAUAAUAAUAGUUUGAAGCAAUGCAUUACAAAUUCAGACAAAACAUUCACAAUAACUAUGAAUCAAACAUUUGAAAAUGACAGUGAACUUCGAAAUGUUAUCUAUCAAACAACUAUUAACCCUUCUCUCUUCGAUUUAUCAACUGGUCUUGUUUUUCAUGCUGAAAUUGUGAGACAUCAAAAAUCACUAAAUGGAAAUGGAAAUAAUAGCAAUGCGUUCAUAACUAAUUCUGAUGUUCUCCUCAUUGCUUUUCAUCAUGUUGCAUCUGAUCGAGCAAGUUUUCCGAUCUUUUUCAAUGAUCUAUGUUUCGCUUAUAAUGCUAAUGCAAUAUCAAUAACAGAUGAUGAUGAAUCAUUGCAAUAUAUUGAUUAUAGUAUUCAUGAACGUCUACUUGAUAUGUCAAUAUCCCGUGCGUUUUGGUAUUUACAAUUAGAAGAAUACAAUUUGGAAUCUCCAUUAUCAUUACCAGUUGAUCGACAUCGUUUGUCUAAUGAUCAUCGAUCGAGUUCUGCUUCUGUCACUCAAAUUUCUUUUGAUAACGAGAUUUCACAAUUAUUUCUUGAUUAUGCUUCUAUACAUCAUGUGACACCAUUUCAGUUAGGUUUGAGUAUAUUAUAUGCUUUUCUUUUCAAGUUAACUCAUGGUGAAAAUGAUUUAUGUAUUUCUUGUCUUAAUGCUAAUCGAUAUCGAAAUGAAUUACAAAAUAUAAUGGGAAUGUUUGUUUCAACACUACCAUAUCGUGUUCAACUUGAUCCUCAUUGGUCAUUUGAUGAUCUCGUUAAAUAUGUACAAGAAAAAUGUUUAUCAAUUCUUGAACAUUCACAUUAUCCAUUACAACAUAUUCUUGCUAAUUUACAUAUUAAUCAAUCGAGUAUUUCGUUUCUUGAAACAGUGUAUGACUUCAUUACUAUAUCCGCACACAGCGAUGAACUAUCUUUUGAUGGAGCAAGUUUCAGACAAGUGUCAUCUGAACGAUCGUAUGAAGUGGCUAAGUUCGAUUUUAUGUUAACAUUUGUCUAUAAUCCAAUGUUGGAAAAUAAUAGAUUAUCAUUUCGUUUAACUUGUUCACAUGAUUUGUUUGAUGAGAUUACAGUUACAAAUAUAGGUCGAAGAUUAGAAUAUUGUUUUCAACAACUUUAUUCAUCGAAUGAAACUAUCAACCGACUUGAUACAUGUGUUACAUCCAUAUUGAAAAUUGACCUUAUUCUAUCAGAAGAAACUGAAGAAAUGGAAGAUACUGUUUUUUGUCGACAAUCACAUAUUAUAAACGAAGCACCAGCAUCAUUUGCACAAGCUCGUAUUUGGCUUGACGAGAGAAUUCGAUUCGAUCUAGACAACCCUCAAAUAGCCAUCUAUAACAUGCCUUUUGUUUAUCGUCUCCAAACAGGUCAUACUUUAUCGAUUAAACAACUUCGUCAUGCUCUCUAUCUUGCUGUUAAUAAACAUCCCUCACUUCAUACAUCACUUCAUUUUGACACUCAAAAGAAUCUACUUAUGCAAGCAGUUAUUACUCAUGAAGAUAAAAAUAAUAAGAACAAUAUAUUUUCAAUCAUCGAAACUACUUAUGAAACAGAUGAACAACUCAAUGAGCUUUUACACGAUGAGAAACGUAAUCCUCAUCUUUUUGAUCUUGCUCAAGGUCUUGUCUUUCGAUGUCAUA